AUGGUUUCGUGGAUAGACAAAUAUAAAAUCCUACAAAGUGAUUUGUUCCUUGGACGUGUUGCUUUGUUAUCUUUAGUUGUGCAAAAUGCCGCUGUUGUCCUUGUGACUCGAUAUUCUCGUGCUAGAAAAGGAGAUUUGUAUUUUCCUACAACGGCAGUGGUGAUGAGUGAAUUAGUGAAACUUUUAGUUUGUUUUCUACUUGUUUUUUUCGAAGAGAAAUGUUCUUUUGUCUCUUGUAUACACAGUUUAUGGGAAAAUAUAUUGAAAGAUCCGAAGGAUUGUCUUUUAGUCUCCGUCCCCGGAAUGAUCUACACAAUUCAAAACAACUUACUAUUCGUUGGUUAUUCAAAUUUAGAUGCUGUUUCUUUUCAGAUAUCAUAUCAAUUGAAGAUUUUCACAACAGCAAUCUUCUUUAGAAUAAUCUUAUCGAAACAUUUAAGUCGGAUACAAUGGUGCUCCUUGGGUGUUCUGUUCACCGGUGUUGCAUUAACACAACUAAGUGAUGUAGUGAAUUCUAGUACUGAGAAAACUACAAAUAUUGCAGAAAAUAAUAAUCUACUUGUUGGUCUUUCUUCUGUUAUAUUGGCUUGUAGUUGUUCGGGUUUUGCUGGUGUUUUCUUUGAGAAAUUAUUAAAGGGUAGUCAUAAAAGCGUAGCUAUACGUAAUAUACAGUUGGCAUUCUACGGUGUUACAGCCGGUAUCCUGACAGUCUAUUUGAAAGAUGGUAAAGAAAUUGCUAGUAAAGGUUUCUUUAUUGGUUACGACUCUGUUGUAUGGGCAGCAAUAUUGAUUCAAUCAUUAGGUGGUUUACUGAUCGCUGCAACUAUUCGUUAUGCUGAUAAUAUACGCAAAGGAUUUGCUACGUCACUGGCUAUUGUGCUUACGUUUAUUUUAUCAAUAUUCUGGUUUGAUUUUAAUCCGACUAUUUUAUUUUAUGUUGGUGCUAUCUUAGUGGUUGUUGCUACUAUUUUAUAUUCAUCUUACCCACCUUCAAAUAAUCAGGGUACUACUACUAACAAUAAGAUAAGUAGCGUGAAUUCGUUCCAAAAUUUCUUAUCGGAGUCGAACUUCAGACAUAAGUUAUCUGUCUAG